AACCCGGACGUGACGCUCUUACUUUGCGCCGGCGGUAAGAAGAUGGCGGCACGCAAGGGUCGACGGCGCACGUGUGAAACAGGGGAACCCAUGGAAGCCGAGUCCGGCGACACAGAUUCCAAGGGUUCGGCCCAGGUCUACCUGCCUGGCCGAGGACCGCCGCUGCGCGAAGGCGAGGAACUGGUCAUGGAUGAAGAGGCCUAUGUGCUGUACCACCGAGCGCAAACUGGCGCCCCUUGUCUUAGCUUUGACAUAGUUCGAGAUCACUUGGGAGACAACCGGACAGAACUUCCUCUUACUCUUUACCUAUGUGCUGGGACCCAGGCGGAGAGUGCCCAGAGCAACAGACUGAUGAUUCUUCGGAUGCACAAUCUGCAUGGCACGAAACCCCCACCCUCAGAAGGCAGUGAUGAAGAGGAGGAAGAAGAUGAAGAUGAUGAAGAAGAGCGGAAGCCUCAGCUGGAGCUAGCCAUGGUGCCCCACUAUGGUGGCAUCAACCGAGUUCGGGUGUCAUGGCUGGGCGAGGAACCUGUGGCAGCAGUGUGGUCAGAGAAGGGCCAGGUGGAGAUGUUUGCACUCCGGAGGCUUCUGCAGGUGGUAGAUGAACCCCAGGCCCUGGCAGCCUUUCUCCGUGAUGAGCAGGCCCGAGUGAAGUCCAUCUUCUCUUUCGCUGGGCACAUGGGCGAGGGCUUCGCACUUGACUGGUCCUCUCGUGUGCCUGGUCGCUUGCUGACUGGUGACUGUCACAAGAACAUCCACCUCUGGACACCUACAGAUGGUGGUUCCUGGCACAUUGACCAGCGGCCAUUUGUGGGCCACACAAGUUCUGUGGAAGACCUGCAGUGGUCACCAACUGAGGACACAGUGUUUGCCUCGUGCUCAGCUGAUGCCUCUAUUCGCAUCUGGGACAUCCGAGCAGCCCCCAGCAAAGCCUGUAUGCUCACUACGACCCCUGCCCAUGAUGGGGACGUCAAUGUCAUCAGUUGGAGCCGCCGGGAGCCCUUCCUGCUUAGUGGUGGAGAUGACGGGGCUCUCAAGGUCUGGGAUCUUCGGCAAUUCAAGUCUGGCUCUCCUGUGGCCACCUUCAAGCAGCACGUGGCCCCAGUGACCUCUGUCGAGUGGCACCCCCAGGACAGUGGGGUCUUCGCAGCCUCGGGUGCAGACAAUCAGAUCACACAGUGGGACCUGGCAGUGGAGCGGGACCCUGAGGCAGGUGAUGCAGAGGCCGACCCCGGGCUGGCUGACCUCCCCCAGCAGCUGCUAUUUGUGCACCAGGGUGAGACUGACCUGAAAGAGCUGCACUGGCACCCACAGUGCCCCGGGCUCCUGGUCAGCACGGCUUUGUCGGGCUUCACUGUCUUCCGCACCAUCAGCGUCUGAGGCCAGGUGGCUGUGCUCUCACCUUCCACUUGGGAGCUGACAUGGAGGUUGGCUCCCCUGGAAGGGGCUUGCUUGAGGUCUGUUGAUGAGCCUCCUCCAAAGAGAAGGGCUUAGUUUUGACCACGGGCUGCUGUGAUAGGUUCUGUUUGCUGGAUUAUUCUCUAAAAGCACAGAGUUUGGUCCAUUGAGCCUAUUUGCGAAAGACUUGGUUUGACCAUGGCUCUGUGAAACCACACCUACACAGAGAUACUGACAUCCUGUGUGUGCAUGGAUUUUCGUCCACUGUGACACCUGGCUGACCCUUUGGCCUCUCUGCUCCAGGGCCCAAUUGCAGAUAUUGUACCCCCAGGGAUCUCAAGGGCUUGGCAGUGGGUAGGUCCAAUUUGAGGUGUGGGUUCUUCCAACACCAUUUGGUUCUGCCCUUGUCUUCCUAUCUGCUGGCUUCAGCCAAGAUUUCCCAGUAGGGACUGCAUUGACCUCUCCCUUCCCCCCUGGAAUGCAGGCGGGGCUCUUGAGGGGCAAUAAAGGACCAGAAUAAGGCUGGAA